GUGCAAGACACUGAAUGAAGAAGAGUGAGACACCAAGAAAGUGGGGGUGAGGGGAUGGGGGGAAGAGUGCGAUGAAGAGCGAUGCGUUGAGUGAGAUGCUGAGUAAAUGGGAAAGUGACACAAGCCAAUAGGGACAGUGUGAGACUUCUGGUGAAGGAGAACCAGACAGUGAGUGAAGAAGACCAAGAUGUUGAGAGAAAGGAAUGUGAAGCAUUUUGUAGUGGGGCACAUAAUGCCCAAUGAAAGGAGGGAGGGAGUUGCUGCGUAAAGGAUCUUAAAACAGCAAAUGAAAGGAGAGGAUGACAUUCCAUGUGAAGGAGUAUGAGAUGUCAACUGAUGAAGAAUGAGAGGCAAGAGUGAAGGGGAUGAGUGAAACGCUUCGUGAAGGCUAGAGCAAGAUGCCAAGUGCAGAUUAGCAGAACGCCAAAUGAAGGAGAGAAAGAUUUGGAAUGAAGAUGGAGAGUGAGAUACCAAAUGAAAAGGGUUAGCCAUACACCGAGUGAAGGGAAGAGCGAGAUACCCAGUGAAGAGUGAGAACAAGAUGCUGAGUGAUGGUGGAGAGAGAGAGAGAUGCUAUGAAGAGGAGGAAGAACAAAAUUCCAAGUUAAGGUGGAGAGCCAGAUUCUGAGUGAAAAUCGACAACGAAUUAAGAGGAAAAUCAGGAGGGCAAGAAAGGGAACGUGAGAUAGCUUUGACAAAUAAGGUUAGAGAGGAUCCAUUGGAUUUUAUAAAUAUGUAUAAAGGACAAAAGGGUGACUAGGGAGACAGUGGGGCCCCUUAAAGAUCAGUAAGGCUGUCUAUAUGUGAAACUGGAGGAAAUGGGUGAGAUGCUAUAGGAGUAUUUUGCAUAUGUGAUAACUGUGGGGAAGGAUAUGGAUGAUAUAGAAUGUGAGGAAAUAAAUGGCAACAUCUUGAAAAAUGUCCAUGUUAUAUAGGAGGAGGUGCUGGAUGGCUUAAAACCCUUAAAGAAGGAUAAAUCCCUGGGACCUGUGGGAAGGUCGGGAAGUAGAAAAGUAGGGAAGUGAUUGCUAGGCUCUUUGCUGAGAUAUUUGUAUGAUUCAUAGCCACAAAUGAAGUGCCAGAAGACCGGAGAUUGUCUAGUGUGGUUUCCACUAUAUAUGAAAGAUGUUAAGGAAAACCCAGGGAACUAUAGAACAGUGAGCCUAACAUCAGAUGUGGGCAAGUUGUUAAAUAAAGGAAAGAGAUGCUGUGUUAAGGAGGGAGUGAGUUGCUGGGAGAAGGGUUCAGGUGAGAUGCUGAAUGAAAGAGAGCAAGACACCAAGUGAAGUAGAGUUAAAUGCCAAAUAAAUGAGUGUGAGAAGACAAGUCAAUAAGAAAGUGAGUUGCGAAGUGAAUAGAGAGUGAAAUGCUGAGUGACGAGAAGAUUCAAAUACCAAGUGAAGGAGGGUAGCGAGAUGUUGGGUGAAGGAGGAGAGUGACGCAUUAAGUAAAUGGCUGAGUGAAGGAGAAUGAGAUGCUGAAUGAAGAUAGUAAAAGGGAGAAGAGGGUGCUAAGUGAAAAGGGAAAGUGAGGCUCUGACUGAAGAAGGAGAAUGACUUGUUGAGAGAAGGAGAGCACAAGGCACUGAUUGAAGUGGUCAAGUGAAACACGGAAGGUGAAGAGUGAGGUAUGGUGUAGUGAGAGAGAGUGAGGCUGUGUGAAGGAGCAAAUUGAGAUGUUGAGAGAAGGAGGAACAUGAAACAUUUGAUGAGAUGAGGUAGAGAAAGAUGACAACUCAAUGGUGAGAGUAAGGUGGCGAGUCAAGGGGAGUGUGAUGCUGACUGAGCAGGGAGAGCAAGAUGCCAUGAGAAGGGAAAAAUGGGAUGCCACUUGAAGGAGAGCGAGACACCAAGAGGGAGAAUGAGAUAAUAAGCAACGUAACAGAAUAAGGCUUCAAGUGAGGGAGAGAAAAAUGUCGAGUAGAGGGGGAAAAGUGAGAUGCCCUGUGAAAGAGAUUGAGAUGCUGAAUGAAGGAGGGCAAGACACCAUGCGAAGAAGAAUGAGAAGAUGAGCUGAGAGGGAUGUGAGUCGCUAAUUGAAGAGAGGGCAAGACGUCAAAGGGAGAUUGAGAUACUGAGCGAAGAGGGGCAAGAUGUGAAUGAAGGAUGGAGUGAGAUGCUGAGUGAAGCAGAGUUAUAUGUCAAUUGGCACCUCAUUUUCCCCAUCUCAUGGCAUCACAGAAGAGUGAUACGAUAUGCGAAGAAGUGAGAAGAUGAGUCAAGAAGAAACUGAGUUGCAAAAUGAAUAGAGAGACCGAGAUGUCAAGUGAAAUGGAGAUUGUGAUAUCGAAUGAAGGAGGAUUGCAAGACUUUAAGUGAAGGGGGAGAGUGAGAUCUUUCAAGGAGAAGUAUGAGGUGCCCAAUGAAGAGGCUGAGCAAGACCAUGAGUGAAGGUAGAGAGUGAUGCUAAGUGAACAGGGAGUGCAAGAUGCCGUGAGAUGGGGAAAAUGAGUUGCCAGUUGACAGAAAGUGAGACACGAGUAUAGAGAGAGAGAGAGAACAAAAUAUCGUGUGAGGUAGGAGAACAAGGCAUCAAGUGAAAGGAGAUCAAAAGGCUGAGUGAAGUGAGAAAGUGAGAUGCUGAGUGAAGGAGAGCAAAAUGCCAUGCGAAGGAGAGUGAGAAGACGCAUCAAGAGCAGAGUGAAUCAUUCAAGUGAGUAGAGGGAAUGAGGCAUCAAGUGAAGGGAAGAUUAAGACAACUGAGUGGAGGAGGAGAGGGAGGCAUCAAGUAAAGAAGAAGUUUGCGAUACCGAGUGAAAGAGAAUAGCAGGACUUCAAGUGAAGGUGAAGAGUGAGAUGCCAAGUGAAGAAGUUGAGCAAGACCAUGAGUGAGGGGUGAAAUGUGAUGCUGCGUGAGGAGAGAGGCAGUGACGCUGAGUGAACAGGGGGAGGAAGAUGCCAUGAGAAAGGGAAAAUGAGAUGCCGAUUGAAGGAGAGUGAGACAUCAAGCAAAGGAGGAGACUGAAACACCCAAGUGAAAGGGCAGAGCAAAGCAUUGAGUGAAGGUGGAAAGUGAAAUGCUGAGUGAAGGGGAGUGAAUAGCUUUGUGAAGAAAAGCGAGACAUGGUGUGAAAAAGGGAGUGAUAUGCCAAGUGAAGGAGAGCGAGAUAAAUAAGAUGAGUGAGGAGACGAGUCAAAAGGAAAAGUGAGUUGCCAAAUGAAUAGAGCGUAAGACGUUGAGUGAAGGCAAGACUGUGAUGCGGAGUGAAAGAGGAAGGUGAGAUGUUGAGAGAAUGAGGAGAUUGAGAUACUGAGUAAAAGGCAGUGACACACCGAGUGAAGGAGGGAUUGAAUUGCUGAUUGAAGGAGAGCAAGACACCGAGUGGAGGGAGUGAGUCACUGACUGAAGGAGAGCAAGUGACCGAGUGAAGAAGGGACUGAGUUGCUGAGAGAAGGAGAAUGAAAUGUCAAGUGAAAGGAUAGAGUGAGACACUGAGUGAAGGAGGAGAUUGAGAUGUUGAAUGAAAGGAGAAGAGGGAGUGAGACGUGAAGGAGAGCAAAGGUCUGGGGGCAAGUGAGAUGCUGAGCAAAGGAGAGUGAAAGAACAAGUCAAGAGGAAAGUGAGUCGCCAAGUGAAUGGAGACAGUGAGAUGCUGAAUAAAGGCAGGAUUAAGAUAACGAGUGAAAGAGAAGAGUGAGGUGUUGAAUAAGAGAGUGAGACACAGUGAAGGAGGAGAGCUAGGCACUGAGUGAGGAGGAGAAUGAGAUGUUGAGAAAAGAGGGAGUAUUAGAGGCCAUGUGAAAAGGUUAUGCAAGAUCACAAGAGGGAGAGUAGGUUGGAAGUGAAGGGGGAAUGUGUGACGCUGAGUAAACAGGAAAUAUGUCAUGACCAGAGGAAAAUGAGAUGCCAGCUGAAGGAGAGGGAGAAGGAGACACUGAGCAGAGGAGAACAAAAUGCUGAGUGAAAGGCAGAGUGAGACACUGAGUGAAGAAAGAGAGUGGGAUGCCGAAGGAAAGGAGGGAUAUAGUUGCCGAAUGAAGAGCUAAAUGCCGAGCGACGAGGGAGAGCAAGAUACCACGUGAAAUAGGAAAACAAGACAUCAAAUGAAGGAGAGCAGAUUGCCGAGUGAAAGGGGACAGUGAGAUGCUGACUGAAGGAAAGCAACAUACCGAGUGAAUGAGGGAGUGAGAUGCUGAGUAAAAGAGAGCGAGAUACCAAGUGAAGAACAGAGUGAAAUACGGAGAGCGAGACACCAUGCAAAAGAAGAGAUCGACAAGACCAGUCAAAAGGAAAGUGAGCUGUCAAGUGACUUGAGAGUGCGAAACAAGAGGAGAUGGAGAUACCGUGUGAAGGAAAAUAGCGAAACGUUGAAUAAUGGGUACCGUAAGAGUUCUGCAAUGCUUCCCGCAAGGCAGCUGAGGUCCCCGCAGAGAUGACGGCUGGAUCCCUAAGCAGAUUACUAUUGGUGUUGUCCCAGACCAAAGCAGUAUCAAUGUGAUCAUCACAAAUCAUCCAAGGCACCAUCAAAAACAUUGCAGACUUCUCUUGGGAAAAUACAGUAAUUGAUUGAUACAUGGGGAGAUACCCUACAGUAUGGAACGAGGCCAUUCACACCAAACCUCUGAAGAGCAUUCUGCUUGGACACGCUAUCAAAUCCGGUAAACCCACAUUCAGCAUGGCCAGUCCACCUAACUUGCACAUCUUUGGAUCGUGGGAGGAAAGCAGACCACCUGGAGGAAACCCACGCAGAAAUCGGGAGAAUGCACAAACUGCACGUGGACAAUUGCCCAAGGCUAGAAUCGAAUCCGGGUCCCUGGUGCUGUGAGACAGUAGUGCUAACCACUGGUUGACGGUGCCGUUCCCACAGCCUGUUAAGUUUUUCUCAUUACUCUGCGCUCAAGUGAUGUUUUGUCAGCUUGCUAAAUUGUCAGGUAGACUUAUGUUAAGGUCGCACAUGCACACAUUUCAUGAGACUGCCCCAGGCUCAUUUUUGGUAGAACCCUUGGAAUUUAGGCCACAGUGGAACAUAAUGUGCCAUUUAAUAAUAAGAUAACCCGUAUAUGAACCAUUCAGGUUUGCCUCGUAGUUCAGUGCUUCAUGAAUCCACUCUGCAAGCCCCUUUCCUAUCCAUGUCUGUUGCUGUGUGAAGAGGUUCCAGCCCCUGCAAUACAUUGCAGCUGAAAUUGCAAAAGUAAGCACAACAUUCUGGAAAUACAGAGCGGUCCUGUCAGUAGCUGUGGAGACAGAAACAGAGCUAAUAUUUUGGAUUGCGGCCUUUCGUUCCUACCCGCUGUCAGAAUAAUUUCAAGCAGAAGCAUGAGUCAAGUAGGAGUGAUGUCAGGAAAAUGAAUAGGAGAAGUAAAUAGAACUGAAUAGGGAAAAAACUGGAGGAACGAUGACUGGAAGAAGUAGAAGACACUCCAGAACAGGAGAGAAACUGGGAGCAGUACUCUGAAAGGAGGGAGGUUGUGCCGCCAAAAAUUAAAGGAUUGAUCUGUUGGAGGGGGAGGGGUAAAGGGGAAUACAUAGAUAAUAUCACUGUGAUCUGAGAGGAAUGGGAUUGGUUUUGUAUUAAUCUUCGGAGGAUGAGAAUGUUCAAUUAAAGUGCGCCAGCUUAACCUGAAAUGGAAGAGAAUCAUUGAUUGUCGAAAGCCUGGUUACUUUGCGCAAUUCAGAAUUGCGCAGUCUUUGCCCUUGCUGCCUUGCAAUGAUCCCAUGGUGAAUACGUCAAGAUUAAAAAUUCAUCUCUGACUGGAGAAUUACUUUCAAAAGUAAAUUUCUUUGUUUUUUUUCACAGCUGGGAAUGGAAUAGUGUCCCAUAAAGUUAAUGAAUAGAAUCAUAGGGUCUACAGCAUAGACACAGGCCCUUUGGCCUAAAUUUCUCUGUGCUGACCAAAAUAGAAAGUUGUAAUGAUUGUUUGUUUCCUGAAGAGUCCAAAAUAUUAGAAAAUGCAGCAACAUACAUGAAAGAAAUCAAAAAUAAUUAGAGUUCAAGGGCUGGAACAUAACCAUUAUGCAUUCAAUGUACGAGAGUAAUUUGGUCAAUGUUCAUACAAUCUUAAGGAGCUUAGGAUAAGUAAAAUGAGCCCAGGACAAGGAGGCAUAAAAUUAGAGCAUCACAGGACUGAAAUUAGGGAAUACUCGUACAUACAAUCAAUAAUUGAAGUCGAGAUAACAAACUGCAAUUGUCAAUUCUUAAUUUAAAAUCUGAAAUUGAUAGAUUUUUAUUAAUCAGUUUAAUCAGAUUUUUAUUAAUUACGAGGCUUAAUUUGGCAACCAGUACGUAGCAGAUCAGUUGUGAUCUCAGUGUUAGAUCAGCUUGGCUAAAAUAUUUUCGGGCAAUCUUUAAACUGACGAUAAGAAGGUCCCUGGUGCAAGCUUGGAUUUUGGCAGGAGUUGUGAUUGUUUAGGUUUGUUGUGGCUCGGUGGUAAUGUCCCUGCCUCUGAAUCAGGGGGCUGAGUUCAAGUCCAGCGCGCUCCAGAGGGUGUGAUAAUAUCACGGGUUGGCUUAGAAUGAUGGUACAGGCUGUUUAUUUUUCCUUCAGGAAUUAUAUUCAUUUCCUAAGUUGUAAGGCUUUCAAAGGUUUCAUUAGUUUGUUAGAUUUCUGGUUGGUAUCAAAUAUUUGGUAUUCGACCUUGCAACUAAAUUUCGAACCAGGCCUUGAAAAUUACGUUGGUUUGAGCAGGUGCCUUCGUGGUGGGUCACAAAAAAAACACUGACGUGUUAUUCGUAUCAAAUUUUAAUCGUGACAUCCACAGGAUCUGAAGGCUAAGUGUGCAAGGCGGAAGUGAACCCCGAGAAGGGUGGAAGUGAGCUCAGUGGAUGGCGGCAAUAGGGCGGAAGUAGGUCUCGUGGGGAAGUGCGUUCUGAGAAUGGAUGUUGCGAAGCGGAAGUAAGUCCCGCGGAUGAUUGUAGCGGGGCGGAAGUGAGGUCCGAAGUGGAGCGAGCGCGACUAAGAGGCGCCUGAACUAAAUCUGGUUUAAGGGGAAGGUGAAACGGGUAGAGGUUAAUUUGAAACCACCAUGGGAGUAUCAAAUGAUGCGGAUAAGAUGCUGUUCAUCGGGAAUCUGGAUCAGAGAGUAACGGAGGAGCUUCUAUUUGAAUUGUUUCUGCAGUCUGGCCCACUCCUUGGUGUAAAGAUCCCCAAGGACAAGGAUGGAAAAUCAAAGCAGUACGCAUUCGUGCAUUUCAAACACGUGGAGUCCGUCCAUUAUGGGAAAAACUUGUUGAAUGGAAUACAACUCUACGGAAAGGCUAUCAAGAUCCAGUUCAGAUCAGGUAGUGUCCAUGAAACUCGGGAAGGAAACCAGUCUCAGAAUUCAGCUGCUUCUUUCACUCCUCCCUACAAUUCUAACCAGUUCAGCAAUAAUCGGUUCGGCCAUGGUAUGGAUAAUAUGGGUUCUUCAAUCUUUGCGACCCCACAGCCAGUACAGAAAUCAUUUUGUUCACCUGAUAGCCUUCAGAGGCAGGUUGUGGUGAACAACAUGUGGCAGCAGGCCAGGGGAGGGCAGCAGAAUUACAGUCUGCAGCAGGCUAAUGCUAACAAUCGAUCCACUCUGCAACAGUCCUAUCGAGGUACAUCUUCUAAUCAACAGGCCACACCUCAGAAUUAUAGCACCCCUUCACAGCCACGGUCAUCCAGUCCAAAUUCACGAAUGAUGUGGCAUUCUGAAAAAUCGACUUCAAACACUCAGAGGCAGCAGAGCUAUUCAUCCUAUCGAUCAGAUAAUGGUUAUUUCACUCGAGAUGCUCACUUCCAGGAUCACAAUUCAGAGCAGUAUUAUAGAGGAAACCGUGAGCCAGAGCUCCAACAUGACCAAAGCUCACAACACAAUAGACGUUGGGAGUAUGAUUACAGGAGGGAGCACUCUCGCAGCAACAGGCGUCGAAAUUGGUAAUAAACUUACAUUGUCAGUUUGGGGUUGAGUUAAUCCCUUUCUCUCUGAACGUUUGGAACUUGACUGAAUGCUCAGUGAAAGCAAACUAAGCUGGAAUACUUCCUAAUGUUAAAAAAAAUUAUAUACAUUAUUGUAACUUUCUCUAUGGGCAGAUUGGGAUGACUGCACGAAUGUUCCCUGUUUGUACAAUAUAAAACACAGAAGACCUCUUAGCCUAUUUAUGACUCUAAUCUUGUUCCCUUUCCACUUGUAAACUUAUCCAACCCCUUAAUGCUAAUUUUUGCAUCAGUAGCUACUUGUGAUUUUAAAAAAAAUUCUAAUGGUGCUUUGCCUGGAGCGGAGUGAGGUGAUGCAACUUUCUCAUCUGAUUCUGGUGACCUUUAACAAUGUGACCUGCCUUGGUGGUAAUUGCAUAGUGAGAUGUGCCAGUAAAAUGAAAAUUUUUUAGAGUAUUAAGUAUGCCGCAGAGGAGUAAGAACGUGGUUUUAUGUUCGGCUCAGAUUGCAUGUGUGGAAUCUACUUAGUUAUAAUGCAGAUGCAAGACUUAAAUUGAGUGCCAAAGCAGAUAGAAGUUUUGGACUUUUUUUAAAAAAUGUUGUGCAGACUACAGUUGUACUAAAUCUCUCUUCCCGCUCUGUUGAUGAUUCAUUGAGACACUGACUUUUCUUGUUGAAGAGUGUUACUUCAAAAGGUAUUAGUGUGAUGAACAGUUGAUUGUAAUUUUUACUUUUAGCCUGCCUCCAAUGUUGGUGCUCCUCCAGCCGGUGCUUUUUUUUUACAAAUUUUGCCAACUAACUGGCAAGUACAUGCAGCAUUCUGCUCAGCUGAGAGGGACUGCUGACUGAUGAGACUUCUGUUAGCAGCAUUAGGGCUACUGAAAAAAAAUUAGUUAUUAAACUGGAUCCACAAAAUUAAUUUUAUAGGUACAUUUGUAUGCUAAUUUUUAAAUAGUGUGUGAUGAACUCACUGAGGCAUAGACAGUGCUAUUAAAAUUACUUAAAAGAUUGGAUAUCUGUUCAUACAGUAACCACGCAAUAAAUAAUUUUUUUAAACACAGAAAAAAAAUUGUCAAGCUCCAGUAAAGCAAUCAGACACAGCAAGGAAUUUCAAGAAUGGCAGAUGAUAAUUUGAAUCUGCUCAUUUAUGUAAAUGAGCUGUUACUUAGCUUCUCUCUGUGCUGGGAAGUAGCAUGCUCCUGAUAGAAGUUUAGUGUGGUGUGCAAGAAAUCAGCAUGUUCUCUGUCAAACCAACUCUGAUCUUGGUGAUAAAAUUAUAAACCACAUUUGGGAUGCAUAAAUGUAGGGAACUAGUGUGUGACUUUAGCCUCUUGCACCUCAUACUAAACGUACACAGUUGUUAGUGCCCGUUUAUAAAAAUUGUUGCUGUUUUCCUGUUUCUUGGUUUGUACUGAUACUCGCAAUAGAAGUGGAAUCACUAUAUUGCUACCUAGAAGCGGCGUUGGCCUUUUCAGUAACAGAAUGGGUCCUUUUCAAGGAAUAGCUGUAUAGCAGGAACAUUCUGGUUAGAAUAAAUUUAGAGAGCGGAUAUUUCCUGUUGAUGGGUAUUUAGUUACUAAUGUUUGUUUUUAGUUUUCUCAUUGUUUGUGUUAAAGUUGCACCUAACCAAAUUUUUACUGUUUUUAUUGCCCACUGAAACAAAUGUAUAUAUUGUGUUUUCUUAUGUACCUUUUUACAGUUGUAAUGAUUUAAUAAUGUAUUCUCUGGUCUUAGUUCACCAGCAAAAAAAAGCAAAGAUAACCAUUCAGAAUUAAAGAAAACAUAUUUGUACAGGUUUUUAAUAUAACCAUUACUUUUCUUUUAAAAACAAAAUAAACCUUGUUUUAUGCAGGCGAAACAGGGGUGUACGUACUUUACACUUGCUUUUUUCAACAAAAAGUUAGGGAGACUAUCAUGAGGAUCACAGUAAUAGAUUUGCGAUGUCCUGAGUACUCAGUCUACCUUCCUGUUCUGAGGUUAACCAGGUAAUUAAGAUGGUUAAUGGUUCGUACUGCUGGUCCUCUAUCAGUUGACACCCUCUUUUCAUACUGUAUAAAUUAGUGUUGCCUCUCAAAGUUUAGUUUCGUUUUCUUUCUCCUGAUGAGUCGAAGAUCAAAAGUUUCGACUUUAAUGUAUCUUAUAGCCACCUUUUUAAAAUAACUGAAUUUUUUUUCUGAUAAUGGGUGAACAAAAAUCUUGGUUUCUUUAACUUGAAGUCAAUUGUUGCAAGGUCUUUUGAUUUUGUUCCCUGUGUUUUUGACAUGGGAAUGUUAGCUGUUGCCAGCUAAGGAAGAGGAAUCUUUAAUACUAGGAGAAUUGCACUGCUGUCUAAAUUUCUAUGCUAUUUAGCUGUUGUACAGCUUGUAAUUAGUCUGUAAAUGUGCAAUAUUUUUAAAUAUAUCAUACAUUUUUGUAGGAAGACCUGCUUGGGUCAGACUUUAUUGAUUCCUGAUAAGUUUGGCAUAUACCCUGUUAUGUGAUUCUGUGUAAUUGGUAUUGUUCACAUACCAGAAAAGUUUGAUCUUAAAUGUAAUAUCUAUUUCACAUUUUGAAUUGUAAUUCUUUUGUGUCUAAUGAAUUUUGCAAAUUACCAA